CUCAGACAAUUGCUUUGUGGUCUGCCUUUGAAAAUCAUCAAAAAGAGCUAACAUAUGCAUAUCACCUCAGCCAGCUACUUCGGUAGGUUGGAACAACCGCCCACGUCAGGUCAUGUUAUGUGCACCUUUGGCCUUAAAGGAAGCAUCUUAAAACCUACCGCACACAAUUAAUCUGUGAACUCUGGAAAAUCUUUGGCGCUGGGUAUACCGUUACGUAGUACAUGGCCAAUUUGUCCCAGCGGGCUUCUGACCCCUGUCGAUUGUUCUUCCCAUAUCGGGUCUCAUUCCAUCUUUUCUUCUAAGUUGACCAAACCUUGCUUGACCAUUUUGACGUUCCCUAUUGUGGAUGCCUAGCCCGCGAACACAACGGGAGAUCAGCCUUUGGCACUCUACAGAACAGCGAGAGCAGGUCCUAGAAGAAAGAAAAAAAAUUGUACGGACCCCCGGACGUCCGCGCAAAUUGCAUAGAUGUCUCGAACCCCGCUACCACAAUGGAUGUAUCCCGCAUCCAGUGGUCAACCGUCGGAUGCAAGAUCCUACGCCGCUGGUGAUGAUCACCAGAUGUUGACGAUGCCAAAUCGAUUCCACACUCUGGAAGAUCCCCCACGCUUCCUCUAUCCUGACAAUCAGGGCUACGCUCCGACUUAUAUGUAUCCCGGAUCAAACUCCAGGGCUCCCUAUCACGGCAGAACUUGGGACAGCCUCGCAGACCCCAAAUUUAACCCUUCGCCAAUACCGGUUGCCAAUCAUAGUGUCUUUCCUCAGUAUGGGGCCCAAAGGUCAAAUGCCAUGAGAGGCGCGGAGUAUGCCUCCGCUUCAACCUCUGUCUCUAGCCCUUAUCAGGAUUCCCCCAGUUACAGUCGCGGUUCUAUUGGUUCUAUUUCCGGGACGCGGACAAAUGAUGUGGAGUCUCAGUACAGUAGCAGCUCGGCGACCUUUCCAAGCCCCGUUCACUCUGAGGAGAGCUCGGCAAUGUAUCCAGCGCUCGCACCACCCAUAAAACCCCAGGCACAACAGCAUCAGCGACACACCACGUCCAGCAUGCCUUCUGGGUUUGAAAGAUUGCUUCACCAUUCUCCAACCCCAUCACCUCCGCCACGAAGAACCUCCACGACAUCACGCUAUCACCUCUUCAUUCGACAACAGCCCCUCGCAGCCCGGGCUUGUGGUGCUGGAGACCGAGACCGCCGCCCUGUAGACCCACCUCCAAUUCUGCAGCUGCUAUUAACGGACUUUGACCCCAACACAUCAGAUGAUAUCGAUAUCCUCCAAGAUCCGCGCUUUACCGUUGGCUGUUUCCUGGUUCCCGAAACGCGAGGAUCGAUUUCGUCCGACAUGGAUGGUGAUAGUUCCCUUCGAGAGGACCGUCUCGGAACUGCUCCCGACCAAUCUACACCACUGCUUUCGGGCAAAGCAUUCGUCUCGCCUUUCUUUGUCGAUGAAGAUCCUGAUCCAACAACUGCCCCAAAUCAUCCAUCAACAUUUGAUUAUCACCUACCGGAACGAAGAGUCCAACUUGCUCCAUCAACCUCUAAGGGAGCCCAACAGCCGGCAGCAUUCUUUAUAUUCUCUGAUCUCUCCGUACGUACAGCUGGACUGUACCGCUUACAGUUCCGUCUUAUGAAUUGGGGCCUCGUUGAGGACACGGGUCAAUCGAUGCCCGUUCUUGCUGAAGUGUGGUCCGAUCCGUUUAAAGUCUACCCUGCCAAAGACUUCCCCGGGAUGCGAGACUCAUCACGUCUCACAGAGGGCCUUAAGGAAUUAGGAUUCGUCGAACUCAAGACCAGGGGAAAGGGGAAAGGCAAAGGUCGACGGAGGUGACUUGACAGCGAGAAUGGAUAAGGUACAGAUGAAUGAGUGAACGCAGCGCUGGUCGGGGUUCUUACGAAUUGGUUUGAUCUGCUUCAUGUCCUCUUUUCUUUUCUUCCCCCCUCCAGUGUCUCUCUCCCCCCUCGGCCGCUUGCAAAUCAUGAUUCUUUUUUCUUUCAUUGAUAUCAACGCUCGAAUCUGGCUUCUGGAAAGAUGGCUAUGAAAGGAUAUAUAUGAUACUGUUACUAGGUUAUAUUGAUGAGAUAUGGAGUUUGGAUAGGGCACUCAGGUGAAAGAGAUGCAGGCUGUUAGUUGGUAUUUAUGUUGAGGCAAGGAAUAGACAGGAAACUAUGUCACCAGUCAUUGCUGCAAAGAGACAUAAGGUUCUAUACAUAGAUGUCCAAUUGUUGCAUAUUCCCCAUCUCUUCCCUACUAAUGAAUUGUGGUUAACUGGAA